AUGUCCUCAGACAUCCGCCAUCCAGCCGGAGAAUUCCAGCCGUCGAGGCCUCGCGAGGAACACCCAGGUGGCCCAAAGCACAAACCCGGGGUCAAGGCAUCUCCAGCAGACAAUGUACCGGAGUCUCACGCCCAGGCUGUCCCUGUAGGCACUGCUCCCCGUGAGAAUUUAUUUCAACCCCGGCCGAAUGUAGAGGACAUGGGUGGUUAUGACGAAGGUGGUGCUUCUGCCAGUCAACUUUGA